AUGUUCCAAAUGAAAAUAGUGUCGUUAUUAAUUUUGGCCUCAUUGGGGGUCAUGGUAAAUGCCAAUAAAAUGGUAAAUUGCUACUACGGCACUUGGGCCAAUUAUCGCACUGGCAAUGGUAAAUUUGAGGCCUCUAAUAUUGAUCCCCAUUUGUGUACCCACAUAAGUUAUAGCUUCUUUGGCAUUGAUCCAAUAAGUGGAAAAUUUAAAUCCUUGGAUGAAUGGCUUGACAUGGAUACGGGUGUGGGAAUGAUCCGGAAAACAAUGCAGCUGAAGAAAAUUAAUCCCAAACUUAAAGUUUUGGCCGUGGUAGGUGGUUGGAACGAAGGUUCUGCCAAGUUUUCCGCCAUGGCUGCGGAUGCCAACAAAAGAAGAGCAUUCAUUGAAUCAUCCCUGGCCUUUAUUAAACAACAUGGUUUUGAUGGUCUUGAUAUUGAUUGGGAAUAUCCGGCACAACGUGAUGGGUCUUCUCCACAGGAUAAGCAAAAUUUUGUAACUCUUCUCAAGGAAUUGAAGGAGGCUCUAACACCCUUGAAUUUGGAACUAGGCAUUGCUGUGGGGGCCUCCGCAACUACCGCAGCCAUAUCUUAUGAUAUUCCCAAUAUUUCAAAAUAUGUAGACUUUAUCAACAUUAUGACCUAUGACUUUCAUGAUGCGGCCACAUUAUCCUACAAUGCCCCUUUGAAAGGUCAAGGUGAAAAUAAUGUGGAAUCGGCUGUUAAAUAUUGGUUAAAUGCAGGAGCUCCGCCAUCAAAAUUAAUUAUGGGUUUGGCAUUUUAUGGACGUCAUUAUGCUUACGCACAACAACCCAUAGCUGGUGCCUCACAAUUGGGUGCUGGAUCGCCGGGGCCAUAUACCCAACAACCUGGUUUUAUGGGUUACAAUGAAAUUUGUAAAUUAACCAAAGAACAAGGUUAUUACCUUGAAUUCGAUAAUAGCCAUGGUGUACCCUAUGCCUUUAAUGGCUAUCAAUGGAUUGGGUACGAUGAUGCAAAAAGUAUCGGAAUGAAAGUACAACUGGCCAAUUCUUUAAAUUUGGGUGGUGUCAUGAUUUGGUCAUUGGAAAUGGAUGAUUUUCGUGGUGAAUGUGGUGGUGAGAAAUAUGUUCUACUGAAGGCCCUAAAUAAGGCAUUGGGUGUGACGGGUGGUGAAAUAAAUUCGAAACCACAACAGACACCGGGAACAACGAGAAAACCUCAAACAUCUGCUCCAGUUGUGAACAAACCCAAUGAUGUGCUCACACAGGGAUGUAGCAGUGAUGGUUAUUUUGCCAACGAAUCGGAUUGUAGUCGUUUCCAUCAGUGUAUCGGUAGUAUUCGUUAUGAUUACAAUUGUCCACCUGGUUUGAAUUUUGAUAUUGUCACAACAACAUGUACCUGGCCAGCUUUGGCUAAUUGUGGUAAUUGA